AUGCGUCAAAAGCCUGCGCCCAACGACACCUUCUUCAACCUCAUCAAUGACUCGCAGCACUACAGACCAACGUCUGUCGCCACAGAGUUUGUUGAUACUGACUGGGAUGAAGAAGAGACAGUCUUGACCGACGCUGAAGACAGCUCGCCUCGCGGCAGUUUCCAAUCUUCGGGACAAACGACGCUUGACUCGUUUGACGAGGCAGUGACGCCGAGAUCUAGCCGCCAUGAGCAAUCGCCAAAGCAAAUCGAAGGCCCGAGUGGUCCUCACCUGUUCCAUCCGUCAUCUGAUUACAGCCACCACUUUUACCAUGUUCCCGACGAACCCCUCAUCCUGGGCAUGUCGCCCAUUACGCCCAAGCCGCGCGGGUGCGGAGAAAUUACGGUGCAUCCGCCUCUCCCACUGCCCGGGCCGUUCCAAUAUACACGGGAGAAGCUCGACGCGUCUAACCUCGUCUCGUGGACCCCAGAGAUGGUUGCGCAGUCCAUGCUCAAUGCUGGCAUUGAUGUUUCCAUGGCUGACCGCUUCAUCGAAAACGACAUCAACGGCCCAAUUCUCAUCACGCUCAAGUUUGAGGACUUGCGCGAGCUCGACAUUCCCUCCUUUGGCAUCCGCACCAAUGUCUGGACUCAGAUCCAGCAUCUCCGCGAUAGUCAGCACCAAGACAAAGAAUCACGACCCGCGACGCCAAUCGAGGAUCGCCCGAGCCGAGAAGUGCGCAAGGAAGCCCGCAAGGAAGAACAGCCCGCGCCCAGACGCCGCGCCGGCAGCCGCCGGCAGCGACGAAGCCCCGAGGUCGGCGGCGACAGCAUCAUGCCGUACGAGUCCGUGUCCAUUAUCGGCAUCGAGCAGGUCAUUCCCAAGCCGCACCGCUGCGCCAAGGGCGAGUCGUGCUCGACGUGGAAGAAGCAGCAGCGCGUGCUGGAGAACUUCAAGCGCCUGAACCCGCACGUCGACUUGAAGGACGCCGCCGGCAAGGUCCUCAUCUACGGCGACGUGGGCAACCCCGCGACUGCCAGGGCCCUCGACCCCAACGAGGACCUGCGCCCGUUCUCGGACGCGACGCCGUCGCUCGUCGCGUCGUCGGACAUUCUGGGCACGGGCGGCAUGCCGCCACUGCAGUACCUGCAAGAGGCGUCUCUGCGCAACGUGCAGAAACGGGAUCCGCAGGAGAAUGUGCGACAGUUUCUCAACUUUCAGCACACAAAGGACGUGUCCCUCAACGAGGUGCCGCCGACCCCUCCUUUUGAGCUCGCACCAGCUGCGCAGGCACCUCAUCAAGGCCUACGCCGCCUUCCCAAGCUUUCCAUUCCUCCCAAUGUUCAAGCACAACGUUCCUCAAACGCUCCGCGACAAAUCUCGACAUUGCAGCAGUCUGUCGUCUCACCUAAGCAGCAGCAGCACCAGGAGCAGCAGCAGCAGCAGCAGCAGCAGCAGCCACAGCAGGAGCAAGAGCAGCAUCGACUCACCAAGCAGCAGCAACAGCCGCAAGAACACCAACAGCCACAGCAGCAGCAGCAGCGGUCGCACCACCAGCGCAGCAACUCGCACGAUUUCGUCCCUUACAGGAUGUCCAAGACCGACCCUCGCUCUCCCGAUCUCGAGACGCCCAGGAACCCAUACCGCUUCGGCACGCCCUUUUCCGAGCUCGACGUCCCAGUGACCGCUGUUCCCCUCGGACCAGUCGCGCGGGACACCUCGCAGUCGGUGCCGCCCGACAUGAACUAUCGUGCCGCGCCAGGGUACAGCAACGUGGUGCCGGCGGCGGCGGCGGCGCAGCCACCACCACCUCGCUCACAAUCUCGUGCCUCGUGCCGGCGGCCGUCGUUUCCCUUGCUGCCGGCUGUCAACGAGCACAGACCCGUCCGCGUUUCAGCAUCGCGCACGCCGUCUCCGCAGCAGGGCGCAUCGUCGCCGCCAACUGCAGGCUCCCGCACCGCCGUGCGACAGGCGCCGCGCCAGGCGCCCCCUCGUGGCAUCUACCCGUGGUCAUCGUCCCCUUCGCCCGGCGACGUCGCACGGGACGCGGCCAGCACUACGUCGCUGCUAAGGGGGGGCUCGCGGUCGGCCACGGCCACCCCCGCGCCCGCUGCCGCCGCAGUAGCAGCAGCAGCAGGUGCGGCCAACGGAGGCGUGACGUUUCAGGGCCCCAUGAAGAAGCGAAAGACGCGUCUCCUGCGCAACGAGUGGCACGACGGCUACUUUACCCUCAAGGGCACGCGUCUCAACAUGCACAAGGACAUGGCCGACGUGGACCGCACGCUCGAGUACAUUGACAUUGACGACUACGCCAUUGCCUGCUCCAGCCUCGCGUCCACGUCCAAGCUCAGCGCCGCCUUCAAGGCCGUCAACAUUUCGCACAAUCGCGAAAAGAGCGACCCCGUGGCCGCCUUUAGCUUUCAGCUGAUCCCGCAGGAUAAGAAUGCCGCCCGCAUGCGCCGCCGUGAGAGUUCCAUGAGCAGCGCCAGUGGUGUGUCGGGUGAAGGUGUCGACGGCACGGGCAAGACGCACCACUUUGCUGUCAAGAACCGUGACGAGCGCAUCGACUGGAUGCGCGAGAUGAUGCUCGCCAAGGCGCUCAAGCAAAAGGGCGACGGCUUUGAGAUUAGCGUGAAUGGCAACAUGAUUUGA